AUGCCAGACAAGGAUGUCAUGGCAGCUCAGCAUGCCCUCAUCGAUCCUCUUAUCGAGCCCGAUCCCAGUGAUGAAACCGGUCUGAACAGCCAUUUCACUUCAACGUUCGCACCGCGCGAGAGCCCGGUCGGGGGCGCUCCUAUCACUCCUCCUCAUCAAAAGAGCGAUACUUCCAGAGAGACGAAUCCUUUUAGGAAUGCUGCAAGUUCCAGAUCUGGUUCUUUGGCUACGUCGUCUUCGUACAAGUCUCCCUCGCACGCCAACCAUGCAGAGCGAUUUCCCGCCGUCACCGGCUAUCCUUCCCCGCCAGGCUCAGCGAGUCCCCGUCGAGACAACUUUGGCAACUACGCCGAUAAUUAUGCACCCUCCUACCCGGGCCGGAGCCGGCGCUCCACGGAGGGAUCAUCCCAACCGCAAGAGAGGACCAUUUCUGGCGUCUCGCGAUCUUCGUCAUUGAGGGAACGUUAUCCAGGCGAUGAGUCGAACCGCCCACUAGAUAUGCUCCGCAAGGAAAACAAGGCCGCCUACCGUGCUCACCAUCUGCGAAAGAAGAACUUCCAAGGUGCUGACGUCAUUGACCGUCUGGAUAGUACCGCACAGUAUCAUCAUGAGGGACCGUAUGAUGCGGCUAGUCGAGCACGUAAUGUGGACCCCGGACAUAGUCCCCUUGCGGCGGUUCAGAAAUCGAACGAGGAAGCUCUGAGAGCUACGCCAAGAGAGAAUAUUAUUGAUGCCGUGACAAAGCAUAGGCCGCUUGAAGGCACAGCCAAUAUCCCUCCUGGCAUGCCGGAUCGGUUUGGGAGAGUAUUGGAUUAUGAGGAAGGAGCGGAUCUGAUGCGCGAACCCGGUGCGGAUUAUAGGCGUUGGCCUGGAAUUGAAUAUAAACCUGAUGACUUGAAAGGCAAAGGCGAACCCUCGUUUUCUGAGGACAAGUCUCGGAAGGAGCACAAGAAGUUUGGCGAUUCUGGCGUUGAAAUGAAAACUCCUCGCCGUCGUGGUCACAGCUUAGGAAAACUCAACGAGCCCGAGAGCAGGGAGCUUAUGAACCCGUUUGAAGAUAGCCAUGCCCAGGGGGAUUCGAGCAUAAAGAGCGUCGGUAGUGCAAUAAAGAGGGGGCUUGGGAGCUUGAGGAGGAAGAAGGAAGAUCACUGA